AUGUCAUUCAAUGGAUUGACGCUCAAGAGAGGGUUUUCCAGUGUACCUGCGGUGUUCAGGGAGUGGAGACUCGUAGAGAGCAGGAGUGUCGCCAAGCAACCAGAAGUCAAUGCUGGUGACAAUCGGCCAGUGUAUGUGCCCAAAAACCGUAAAGCAUUCCCAGACUAUGAGUACGGGGAGUCGCAUAUUUUCAAGCAAAGCAACAAAGGUCUGUAUGGAGGCUCUUUUGUACAAUAUGGUAACAACGUGGCAGAAUCCAAAACCAAGACAAGAAGAAGAUGGUUGCCUAACGUUGUGAGAAAGGGACUGUGGAGCGAAAGUUUGGCGCGUAACAUAAGCAUACGGAUGACAGCAAAAGUGUUGAAAACGGUCACGAAAGAGGGUGGCAUUGAUAACUACCUAACCAAGGAGAAAUCUGCCAGGAUCAAAGAAUUGGGACCCACAGGUUGGAGAUUGCGCUACCGAGUACUUCAGCGACAAGACCUCAGGGAGAAUCCGCCACAUAAGGACGCUGCAGUGGUGGAGACCCCCGAGGGCCUCAAAACCAAGGUCUAUUUUGAAGAAUCUGUCAACGGCGAAGCGCUUCGCGUCACGUGCGGGCGUCGUAAGCUGCUGCAGUACUUGUAUCCGCUGGAGAAACUGGAGCAUCGUGCAGAUGGCUUGGAGUUGACGCAUAAGGCAUUUUUGGACCUGUAUGCGGGCGCUACAACUUUACAGGUGUUGGAGGCCCUGCACAAAUACGGCUUCGAUUUGAAAUCCGUUUGUGUCUAA